CUGCAUGUAACAUAAAAUCUAUCUACAGAAAUUCAUUUUGAACUGCGGCAUUACUUUUCAAUAACUGACAUGUGGCAUCUCAAUAUGUUUAUCGAGUCUCGAUGAAAUUAUUAUUUUUGACAGUUGGAACAGAGCAUUUCACCCUUUAGAGCUGUCAAAAUAGUUUCCCAGCAAUAUUUCGAGAAAGUUACUUGUUUUAUUAUUAAUUAAUUGAAUUUUUACCUAGUACGGUUAUCGGUAAAUAAUUGAAAUAGAUUUAUAUGAGACGUAUAAAGUGUGUGAAAAGAUUGUUGCCUUUUUUGAAUCGAAAGCUUGCGAAAAUACGUUCAAUACAAUUUUGCAUUAUUUAAACAAAACUAAAAUAGCACAGCAACAACAAAAACGCACAACGACAAGAAAUUUCGAUUUGUUGUUGUUAUUUACAUUGUUUUGUAGAAAUGAAAACGAUUAGCAACGUAGCGUCGUGCUUAACAACAACAACAAAAUCUGCACCAAAACAAAGUGGCCUACGUGAUUAACAAAAAACAGAAAAAAACAACAAAAUAAUGAGAAAAGCAAACAAAAAUUGACAAGCACUGCGGAAAUUAACUGAGUAUCAACUGUAAAGUUUAAUAGCUUUGACAGUGUUAUCAACCUGCCCCUCACCACUUGCAACAAUAAAAGUGUGAAAACAGCUGCAAUAAUUACAACAACAACAACAACAACAACAACAGCUACUACUACUACAGCAAAGUUAGUGAGCAAGUCCACACUAAUCUGACUGACCGCUUCCACUUCAAGGUUAAAGUCGUAAGUACGAAAAAAAAAAUAUGACAAAUGCAUAAGAGGGCAGUACAAGGACAAAACAAAAAACGACUACCUUAUACCUUAUUGACACACAAAUUAAAUAUAAAAUAUAACUAAAAGAAAAAAAGAAAAUAUGGAAACACAUAUAAUGACACAACAAAGUCAACACCGAAUGCCGGCACCUCCAUGUUGCGCCAUUUGUGGCACACAAGAUCAAUUGUUGCGUUGUGCCAAAUGUAAGACUGUUUACUAUUGCUGCACAGGGCAUCAGCACAUAGACUGGCCAUCCCAUAAGCAGGAUUGCCGCUUAUUGGCUAGGCAGCGUAAUAACAGCAGAAUGCAGCAACUGCAACAAGCUGUUGCUGCCGCUAAUUUGAACAGCAUAGAGCAAUCGUUCACAAAUCCUGUGAACUAUAACAAUGCUGGCCUGAUGAGUACGAAUGUUGUACAAUCAGGUAUACUAAGUGCUGUUCAACCGCCGUCUGUGAUUGUAAGUACAACUGAAAGUGAAUUUAUGAAUGGUCAAGCGCAGUCUGUCAUGCAUCGCAACAAUGGGUUCUAUGGUAACUUAGAGGCUAAUUCCACGACAGCCGACCAGUUACGCUUAAAUCCUGAUGGACAUUUAAAUGAUGAAAAUAAAGUGCUGGCACAACAAAAUCAUCAGUUGCAACAACCACAGUUCCAACAUCAAGAGCCACAACAACAACAACAAAUGCAACAGCAACAA